CGCUCGCAGCCCGGGCAGGGGCGCCAAGCGGGUGGUUCUCUCACGCCCCGGGCGCUUUGAGGCGUUCCUUAAGAAACAAAUCCGUCCUCUCAAAUAAUGCUCUCUAAACCCGCCGUUAUCUUUCACUUAAGGUCUGCAGUGCGUGUGCCAGCUGUGCGAGCACACCAACUUCACCUGCCAGACGGAAGGCGCCUGCUGGGCCUCGGUCAUGCUGACCAACGGGCGCGAGGAGGUCAUCAAGUCCUGCGUCUCCCUCCCGGAGCUGAAUGCCCAGGUCUUCUGCCACAGUUCCAAGAACAUCACAAAGACCGAGUGCUGCUACACCGACUUCUGCAACAACAUCACUCUCCGCCUGCCUGUCGCAUCCGAGUCACCAGGCAGAGCUGGCACGGGACCUGUGGUGCUGGCGGUGACGGUGGCGGUGCCAGUCUGCAUCCUGUCCCUCGUGGCGGUGCUGGCAGCAUGCACAUGCCAGGGCCGACGCUGUGCCCGCGGCAGGAUGAAGCAGCCCAACGUGGAGGAGCCCCUCUCCGAGUGCAACCUGGUGAACUCUGGGAAGACACUGAAGGAUCUCAUCUAUGACAUGACGACCUCCGGCUCCGGCUCUGGUUUACCUCUGCUGGUACAAAGAACAAUCGCCAGGACGAUUGUCCUGCAGGAAAUCGUAGGAAAAGGCCGAUUUGGUGAAGUCUGGCGUGGAAAAUGGUGUGGGGAAGAUGUAGCUGUGAAAAUCUUCUCCUCCAGAGAUGAACGGUCCUGGUUUCGUGAGGCAGAAAUUUAUCAGACAGUGAUGUUGAGGCAUGAAAACAUCCUGGGAUUUAUUGCUGCCGAUAACAAGGAUAACGGGACCUGGACGCAGCUCUGGCUUGUCUCCGAGUACCACGAACAAGGGUCCCUGUUUGACUACCUGAACAGAGGCACAGUGACAGUGGAGGGCAUGGUCCGGCUGGCGCUGUCGGUGGCCAGUGGCCUGGCACACCUCCACAUGGAGAUUGUUGGCACACAAGGGAAGCCAGCAAUCGCGCACCGAGAUCUGAAAUCUAAGAACAUCCUGGUGAAGAGGAAUGAAAGCUGUGCCAUCGCAGACCUGGGGCUGGCGGUGAAGCACGACUCAGUGCUGAACACCAUCGACAUUCCCCAGAACCCCAGGGUGGGGACCAGGAGGUAUAUGGCUCCCGAGAUUCUUGAUGAUGUGAUGAACACGAACAUCUUCGAGUCCUUCAAGCGUGCAGACAUAUACUCUCUUGGGUUAGUGUACUGGGAGAUAGCCCGAAGGUGCUCCGUUGGAGGGAUCACGGAGGAAUACCAGUUGCCUUACUAUGAUGUUGUGCCUUCUGAUCCUUCGAUAGAAGACAUGAGAAAGGUGGUUUGUGAGCAGAAGCUCAGACCAAAUAUUCCCAACCAGUGGCAGAGCUGUGAGGCGCUGCGUGUGAUGGGCCGGAUAAUGCGGGAGUGCUGGUACGCCAACAGCGCCGCGCGCCUCACCGCCCUGCGCAUUAAGAAGACGAUUUCGCAGCUGGGCGUGCAGGAGGACUCCAAAGCCUGAUGGAGAACAAGAGGGGAAUGAAUUCUGCUGUUCAUCUUUCAACAUGUGAUAGUAUUUUUCUUUUCGGUCUACCUCACAUAACAUGGUUCAGUAUUUAAGUGCCCAAGCCAGAGCACUCACAUCGAGCUUCAUCUUUGGCCGCUGGAACGGGCAGCUUUAGACUUGUAGUUUGUGCUUUAUACAGCAAGUCGAUGACUCGCUUUGGAUUUCCAAAGUGAAUUCGGCACUGGGUAAAUCGCAGAGAGGAGCUUAAGGCACCACAACAGUGUGAAAAUCCCUUUCGCUAUUGCACUUUCUAUCCCAGUCAAACGCUGAACUCAUUGGAAAUUGCUGGUGUUGGUUAAAGCCUGUCUGCGAGAGAAACCACACGUUUUAUCCUCAAACCCCGUAAAAGGCCAAAUUUAAUCAAGCUUUUUACACAUUUUUACGCAGGGAUCUGAAAAGGGGCUGUCAGUGCAAUGCAUUUUAAAUGCUAUAUUGAUCAUUACCUGAGCAAAUAAAGGUGAAAAUUCCACUCGGCACAUAUAUUGUGAACAAAGCAUCUACUCCAUCUUAUAUUCACUUUUAUUUUUAUUGUCUUGAUUUCAUAUACAAUGUUAUAGCUAGGAUUUAGAGUUAUUUUAAUCUGUUUGUUUGUUCAUUGAAUGUUUUGAUCAAGGGAUGAUUUUUAAUGGUUAAUAGGAGAAACAAUAGAGGCAAUACUUUUCCGAUAGAUACAUAGAGAUGGAAUGGGAGAAAUUCUACCUGAGCUGUGGAAGUAUAUAUUUUUUUAACCAGAUCUUGCCAUUCUGUCACUGCUAAUGUUUUUUUAGUGCCUUUUGAUGUUUUAGGGGGAAGCUUUAACAAAGUUAGUUCUUGGGAACCAGGUGAAACCUAGCAGAGAGGUUCUUGUGGGCGGUGAGGAGCUGUGCGCCCGCCUGGCACUGGUGGAGGACUCGGGGAUGCCCUUGUGACCGAGGGCCACCGCUGCGGUGUUUGGGGGUGGCAAAGCUCCUGCUCCCAGCUGGCUGCCGGAGCACUGCCCGAGGCUGUUGGAGGUUAAUGUGUUUUCACCACCCUGGCUUUUGGCACCUGAAAUCACUGUUUCAGACGUACCUGUGCUUAGGACUGGGUCACUGCUUGCUGUUGUCUGUCACAACCUGUUAAAAUGUAAAUUUAAAGCACUGCUGUCCUUGCAUGAAGCCAAUACAGCCUGUUCAGAGGCUUUGUGGGGAUUUCUGUGUUGGCCCAGGUUGGUGGGAAGUAUUCACAUUUCUAAUCAUAUUUCCACAGUGCUGCAAGCUAAAAAGCGAGGAGUUUUCUCAAGAUUCACUGAUGUUCUGGGAUUUUGUGAGAUGUCUGCACAUGUGAAUGUAGUAUUCUAAUAUUUUAAUAGCCAAAUUUGAACAUUUCAUAAUAAUACGGUUCUUUAAAUGUUUCUAAAUCCAGGUGGUCCGUGGAAAUCAAACCCAUAUAUGUUUCCAGAGUAGCAAAACUUUGCUAAAAUUCAGUGUAGCACACGCAGCUCGGUGCAAGUAAGCUGUUAGCGAAUUAUGGUGUUUAAAGUCAGCCUUUUGGAUGAAACCUUCUGAAUGAGUUAAACUCUUAGAAUGCGUUAAACUUUUACUGAGUGGGAUGGAUGGUAUUUUCAGUACUUCUUCUUUCAUCCGGACACGCACGCUCUUGGACAUCAUGGUCAUCUUUAGGGAUGUUGAUUGCCCCAUAAAUAGGCUGUAAAGGAAUUUAGCUGUUUGCAGAACUUUGGGUCAUUCCUGCUUGUGUUCAAUACUGCUAGGCUUUGCCUCGUGUUAUGGUCUGGUAGCUGAGUGGUGGAGAGUAUUUCUACUUGAUUACUAGUAGGUUUUUUUCCCCCCACAUGCUUUCUGAAGCAUAAUCAGUCAUUUUAGAGAUGUCAUUCUCCUGUGCUUCAGCUGUAUGAACCACACUGGGGAGCUCUCUCGAUGCAUAUGAUGCUGUUUGAGGGGUGAUCGUUGCAGAUCUCUGAUCCAAAGACUCGUGCUGAUUUGGAAGCUUAAGAUCUGUCCUUGUAGACUGCAACUUGAAAAAAAAAUCCUUUACAAUCUUUUCCAACCUUAAUGAUUCUCCGAUUAAUAUUUUUGCCCUGGUUUCUUUUUUCCUGCCUUUGCUGAGAGGCAGGUGCACGUUUUAACGAACUAGAGUUAAACACAACUGGGCCAAGGAGCUGGUGUUGCUGCACAGGGCUAUAAGAUGUUUAUAGUUGCACUCUCCUUUAAAAAAGCACCAAAAACAUCUUUGUUUUGGUAACCUUUUCCCUCGGUGUAGACUUGUCCUGUUCAAAUCUAAGAACAGACGUCACACUGAGAUGUUUCUUUGUGGUUUUAGGGAGGCUUUGGUUUCUUGAGAGGUUGCUGAUGUUCCUGCAAAUCUUCAUGUAAAGCACAAUUUCUGAAUCUCAUAGGAGUUUCCAGAUUUAGGGAUGCUCAAGAGCAGUCACCACAUUUAGCCUCUCCUAAGGGGGACUUCUUGUUUAGAGGAGGAGCUAAUUUUCUUUAAUUCGCUUCUAAUAACAACCUAAAACUUAAUGCAUGGAAAUUGAACUGAAAGGGAAGGUUAAUUAACGUUUUCUUCAGCAUCUGAUUUUUUUUUGUUUCCUUAAACGUUCCCUCCAAUGAGAAAUUCAGACUGUAAUCUCUCUGUACUUUGCUAUUUUUAUAGUCGUUUGCACUUAGCCAAGAUUGUUCCCCCAUGGACCCCUGUAAUGAACCCAGAGCAAGCCCUGUAAUAAUAUUUUAGUUACUGUUAGGUGAUUUCUGGUUUUGAUAAUAGAUUUAGGAAUCAUAAAUGAAUUGGUUUAGAAACUUGCCUCAUCCCUACAGCAAGGGCUCAGAGCUGUAGGAAGAUCUUGUGGUCCCUGUGACCGUGGCGGGGCCCUGGCUGCCCUCGGGCCCCAGCGCAUCCUUGCUAGUGGAAAGAAAGGUUUUGUGUUUCAAAGAGAGGUGUUGAACAAACCACACGGGCGUGUUCAGCACCAGGACUCCUGCCCGGGGCAGGGAGUGUGUCCGCAAGGCUCUCAGCUGUGCUGGAGGCUGCGCUGGGAAGACGGCCGGGAAGGUGCUCUGUUGAGGUGUUUACAGCCUACAGAUACAGAUGCAAGUGUGCAUCUUUGUGUGUUGGCUCGUGAGGCUCAAAAAUUUCCCCUCUGGUUUAGUGUCGGUUGUGUAAAGCCAUCCAUGGGCUGCGUGCAGGGCCCGUGCCUGCCCGGGGCUUCCUGCAGCAGCGUUGGGCGUUCAUCUUCCCCGUGAAUCGGAGCGCGGCUGCCUGGGCAGCACCUGCGAGGCUGUGGUUCGGAACGUGGCAGGGAUCAUCACCCCAUGCUGAGGCACCCCUGUCCCCGUGCAGCUUUUAGGGAAAGACACCCGUGUUGUUUUUAUAGGCAGCACGAUUUAUGAAUGUAGGGGAAAUCAGCAUUAGGAGGUACAAUAUAUUUUUACAGAGUACGAGAAAUGUGCAAUAAGUUGUAACCAAAGGCGCUGAAUGUAUUUUUUGCGUAAAGACUGAUUGUAUUUUGUAUGUAGCUACUACAUUUGUGUCUAAAUCUGCUGUGGUUUUCAGUCCCCAGAGAGAAAUAUGUAGUGUUUUGUCUAUCUAUGAACCAGGUUCUGAGUUGUCUGUUUUUCAAAGAAGCGUAAAUAUUUUAUCUGGAAGUAUUGUAAUAUUUUAGAACUUAGUAGAGCAGCACCAUGCUAAAACUCAGCCUUCGUAUUGUGAAAUACCUGACCUAGUGUAUGCUGCGGCAAGUUAUUUCUAAAACUAUUGCUGAAGUUCUUGCUUGAUAUCGCAGCUGCCCCUGGAUGUAAAUAAUCUGUUUCAAUGUUGUAUUUUGUAUGCAUAUUUUACAUACCGGUAUCCUUUUGGCAAGACGUGGCGAUUUUAAUAAAUCAAUCACAUUCU